UGUUGUUUUGACAGCAGUUGUGAAAUGUUUUUGUAUCGUCCAGCUGUCUGAACACCCACAUAUAAAACGGACUGUGAAGCAUAUAUUCCUUUAAAAGCGGAUUUCAAGUGCCUAAAAGAAAGUUUUACUUUCUUCUUUAUUUCACAUCGGAUUACAUAACUAAGUGUACACUUGAGAGCAAAUGUUGCGCUCUUUCAGAGGUCACACCUGGGAGAGUUGGGAAUGGGAUCCGGACAGUAAAUCUCCUGAUGCUCAUCUCUCUCUGUGCCGACAAGCUGUCUAUUUUCACAUCAGCCCUCUGCUGGACAGUCAAGGAACUGCUGGGGUCAGAGGCACCAAAGGUGAGACCAGAUUCACUCAUGGUGAGCAUUACUGGGAGAUUGAGUUCCUUGAGCCUCCAUAUGGAAGCUCUGUGAUGGUGGGGGUCGGUACCCAACAUGCACUUCUGCACACAGGGGAUCAAAAGUUUGUUAACCUCAUAGGCAUGGACGGUGAGAGUUGGGGUCUGUCAUACAAAGGCUUCAUCUGGCAUAAUGGGAGGAGUCGAAAAUACACAGAGCCUUUUUAUGAAAGAAAUACAGUCAUUGGGGUUUUGCUGGACUUGAGCGCCGGAACGCUGACGUUCUUCCGGAAUGGAGUGAACCUUGGGGUGGCCUUCACUGGCCUGGAGCAGGUCAGCAAGGCUCUGUAUCCUCUGGUGAGCUCUACGGCCCCGGAAACUGAGCUUCAGCUGGGUGUGAGGAGCCAGAGGAUCGCCUCCCUACAGGAACAGUGUAUACACAUCAUCACACAGUCCCUCUCGCAUUAUAGACACGCACACGAAUUACCAUUACCCACAUCUCUGCUCGGUCAAAUACACACACAUGCCAAUUUAUAAACGGGGCACCACCUGUUUCUCCAACUUCAAAUAACACAAUUCUGUCCGGUGCAACAGAUACAUUUUAUAUGAAGCCUACCUCAAAAAUGUAUAUUUUAUCACUUAAAUUGUACAAAAACCACGUGACCUUUUACUAUGUAAUCAUGUUGCCAUUUGUAUUCUUAAUUAAUUUGCUAUUUCUGGAUGAUGUUGUUGACAAUGAUUGUGUUCCAAAAUAAGAUAUAAUUACAUGUAUUUAUAAUUAGUUUUUUAUACUCACAGGGUAGUUAUUUUGGAGACAAAUAUGUAAAAGCCAAUGAAAUAUAUCUUCCUGCUUUUAAUAAGAAAACUGUGGUAAAAGUGUUUUCAUUUGCUCUCCACAACCAGGGGAUGUUCUAAAGCUUAUAAAACAAACCCACAGAGGGAAACCUUUUACACCAUCUCUAACAAUUUAUUACUCUGAAGAUAUCACAACAUGAUAUACAAAAGUAAAGAUUGCAAAAGCACAGAACACACUUUAACAGCCAAAAUGGAAGAAAAGAGCCUUCACAAAAGAAGUAAUGCAAAGAAAUACACUACAGUACAGGUAAACAGGUAGAUGUUUGGAUACAGGUACAACAAAAUGGCACAAAGUUCACAGAUCUGUCCAGAGAAAGGGAAUUUAACAGCUAAUAUCAUCGCCAGUUCACUCCAUUAAGGCACACAGACACUUGGGUUUGAGGGCGCUUGUCUAAAACUAGUUAAGCCACUGGUCCACAUGUCAAUGCUCGGAUGGAUUGACAUGAACAGGACGUUAACAUAACACAGUAAACAGGUACAAUUCGAUAUCAAGGCAUAUGACACUUAACUCAUUAGUGCUUUAUAAUUAGUGCCCAAGUACCUGCUUUAUGGUUCUUUUGGAAUUCAGACCCAUUAAACCAAACUCAAUUCCAUACGAUUCAAAUCCAUUAAUCAUAAAAUUAAAGCGAACACGUACAGAGCCCUGUGAUACAGUUAAAUGUUGCUGUACUUGGAUUGUAUGCACUCCAGUAAUAACUCAUUGCACUAUGAUAUGUUUCCUCAUAGAUAAAACCACAAUUUUACUAAGACGACAAAAUAACAUCAAAUUGUUCUUUGCUAUUUUUAUCUUCUGGCUAUUGUUUCAAAUGCGCCCAUGUGUAAUGGCACUGUCCCCGACAGGCAGUACGUCUUCUAGUAACAAAAAACAAAAUAAAUAUGUCUGGGGUAGAAUAAUACAACAGAAUUACUGAACAGACCACACACACACACAAAUUACACACAACUCCACACAUACAGAUCGAAGAAGCAUAGGUUUUGAUCAGAAAAAUAACUUUUCUUUUCUGUUUCAGCAUCAGGAAAUUUGUGCUGGCCAUAAAGCAUCUGCCCUGUUCCUGGAAUCAGUGAGAUGCCACAAAAAGACGAAAAGAUUCUA